GAAGGAGGAGGAGGAGGAGGAAGGGAGCAGAUACUCGGCUUGUUUGCUUCCUCCGUGUUUGGAGCCAUUCGUGCCUCCGCUUCCGCUUCUUAUCCCCGGCCUGAAGGCUUCCCAGAAGCGGGGAGAUGCCGUGUGUGGCGGACUGGCUGAACUGCCCCCUCAGCAUCGUGCAGGGCGUCUUCGCUCAAAAUAGUCCAAACCCAGAAUGGGAAAAAAAAGUAAUUGAAUACUUCAGAGAGAAGCUAAAAGAAAAUAAUGCCACUAACUGGGUGCCUUCAUUGAAUGAUGUCCCUCUCCAUUAUCUGAAGCCCAAUAGUUUAGUAAAAUUUCGCUGUAUGGUUCAAGAUAUGUUUGAUCCUGAAUUUUAUAUGAAUGUUUAUGAAACAGUUGACAUACAUACUAAAUCACGUGUUUCUCAUUUUGGAAAAUACAGAGAUAUAGCAGAAUGUUCAGCUCAACAAGAAAUAGACUUAAAUCCCAAACGAAUAGUCACUGCAGACAGACAGACUUUUUAUUGUGUUCCAGUGCCUGGAGAAUCAGCAUGGGUGAAAGAAGCCUAUACCAGUGCAAGCCAAGCUCGAGUUUGUCCUUCAACGUCUUACACACCAAGUCGCCACAAGAGAAGUUAUGAGGAAGAUGAAGAUAUGGAGUUGCACCCAUCUAAACAGAGAGAACAACAUCUGGGAAGUGUCACUGAUAUCCAUGGUAGUGGAGAUUCAAAGCGUUUAGAAACAGAAGCUUCAUCGAGAAAUCAGAUGAUCUCCUUAAACUGCUCACCUCCACUAGACUUAAAUUUUCCACUACCAGGAGAGAAAGGCCCUGCAUGCCUUGUGAAGAUAUAUGAAAACGGGGAUAGUUUCAAGUUGAAUGACAUUCUUGAAGUGUAUGGGAUUUUGUCUGUUGAUCCUGUUAUGAACACAGUGAACAAUGAGGAAAGAGAUAAUUCAGCAUCUCCCGUGGAGUCUAUGGAUUGUAUGGACACAUUGGAAGAGCAGAGAGUUCAUAGCCCCCCAUCUUCACUAGUUCCCAGGAUCCAUGUGAUUUUAGCCCAGAAACUUCAGCACAUAAAUCCACUGCUGCCUGCCUGCCUUAAUGAAGAGGAAAGCAAGAGCUUUGUUUCUAGUUUUAUGUCUGAACUGUCACCAAUCAGAGCAGAGCUCCUUGGAUUCCUCACUCAUGCCUUCUUAGGAGAUAGCCUUGCUGCGGAAUACCUUAUAUUGCAUCUCAUCUCCACAGUCUAUGCAAGAAGAGAUGUCCUUCCUCUGGGAAAAUUCACAGUCAACCUUAGUGGCUGUCCAAGAAACAGUGUCUUCACAGAGCAUAUAUACCGUAUUAUUCAACAGCUUGUACCUGCAUCCUACCGCCUGCAAAUGACCAUAGAGAACAUGAACCGCUUGCAGUUUAACCCACACAAAGACUACACAGCUAAUCGCUUGGUUAGUGGAGUAUUACAGCUGGCAAGCAAGACCUCCCUAGUCAUAGAUGAGACUUUGCUUGAACAAGGGCAGCUUGACACAAGAGGUGUGCACAAUGUGACAGCACUGGGUCACCUGAUAACUUGGCAGAAGGUGGAUUAUGACUUCAGUUACCACCAGAUGGAAUUCCCAUGCAACAUUAAUGUACUUAUCACAUCUGAAGGCAGAUCACUCCUACCGUCAGACUGUCAAGUUCACCUACAGCCACAGCUCUUGCCACCAAACAUGGAAGAGUAUAUGAACAGUCUUCUCACAGCGGUGCUUCCAUCCAUCCUUAACAAGUUCAGGAUUUACUUAAGCUUGUUGAGACUGCUUGAUUACAGUAUAUCUGAUGAAGUGACCAAGGCAGUCGAAGAUGAUUUUGUGGAAAUGCGUAAGAAUGACCCUGAAAGCAUCACUGCUGAUGAUCUUCACAGGACUCUCCUUGUAGCAAGGUUCCUUUCCUUAAGUGCUGGACAAACGACCCUUUCGCGCGAGAGAUGGCUGAGAGCAAAACAGUUGGAAACCCUGCGCAAAGCCAGGCUGCAGCAGCAGCAAUGUGUCAAUGGAAAUGAACUCUAGAGUUACAGCACUUUGCGUUGCUUAUGUGACUGCAAUGUAUGCCGAAUGUGUCGAGCUAGUCUGAAGAGAGCUUAUGUUUAUAUUCGGUUUUGUAGAUAAUUUAUACCAGAAAGCAAUGGCUCUUUUCUCAAAUUUGAACACAAUUGAUGGUGUUCAGCAGAUUAACAUACUGAUUAAUUUUUUGAGCUCAUUUUGUAACUGAACUAGCAACUACAGACAAACUGUUUGAUAUUAAAGAUUUAUUUUGAAAAA